AUUGUGUUGAAUAAGUUUGAAGACUAGGAAAAAUUUGUCUUUAUUUUGAAGUUAAAGGUCAUAGAUUGUUGUCUUAGUACUAACGUGAUGCAAGGUUAGUUUCUAAGGUGAGUUUUAACAGAAGAAGUUUGUUUCCCAAGAUUUCGUGGGAUAAAAUUUUAAGACAGGAAAAUUGUGUGUCCUGUUCUUCAAGUUCGAAAGAAAGGCUUUAUAGAGCUGUCAAUAGGGUUAUUUAAAUGGUGGAAGGAAGUGUGGAGAACGAUGAAGAAAUACGAGCACUGGCAUUAACGCCGACAUGGUCUGUUGCUACUGUGCUGACCAUCUUUGUCGUGGUUUCUUUGAUAGUGGAGCGCUCGAUUCAUCGCCUGAGCAAUUGGUUAAGGAAAACUAAUAGAAAGCCUCUGCUCGCGGCUGUUGAGAAGAUGAAAGAAGAGUUAAUGUUGCUUGGAUUCAUAUCGCUCCUUCUCACAGCAACCUCGAGAACCAUAGCAAAUAUUUGCAUUCCAUCAAAGUUCUAUGAUAGUACAUUUGCACCAUGCACCAGGUCCGAUAUUGAUAAAGAACUCGAAGAGGAGUCGUCCGAGGAACGUAAGCUUUUGAUGGCUUCCGGCUUUCACUUGUUUAGAAGAAUGUUGCAUGGCGUGAGUCGAAAUACCUGCACACAGGGUCACGAGCCAUUUGUGUCCUAUGAAGGUCUCGAGCAGUUGCAUCGUUUCAUCUUUGUCAUGGCAAUCACACAUGUAUCGUACAGUUGCUUAACAAUGCUACUUGCUAUUGUGAAGAUUCAUAGUUGGAGAUCAUGGGAGGAUGAAGCUCAUAAGGACCUACAUGAUUCAUUAAACGCGAAGGCAAGAGAGUCGAUAUUGCGAAGGCAAACAACUUUCGUCAAUAUCCACACUUUGAAUCCAUUGACCAAAAAUAGUCUUCUUAUCUGGGUGAGAUGUUUCUUUUGGCAAUUCGGGUGUUCAGUGGAUCGUGCUGACUAUCUGACUCUCCGCAAGGGCUUUAUAAUAAAUCACAACCUGAUGUUGAAGUACGAUUUUCACAGCUAUAUGAUUCGUUCUAUGGAGGAGGAAUUUCAAAGGAUAGUUGGAGUUAGUGGUCCACUUUGGGGAUUCGUUGUCGCAUUCAUGCUGUUCAACAUUAAAGGAUCUAAUCUGUAUUUCUGGAUAGCAAUCAUUCCCAUCACGCUUGUUCUGCUUGUGGGUGCAAAGCUACAGCAUGUCAUCGCUACGUUGGCACUCGAGAAUGCCAGCAUAAUUGGUUGUUUUAACAGGACAAAGCUGAGGCCUCGAGAUGAACUUUUCUGGUUUAAGAAGCCAGAAUGGUUGCUUUCCCUUAUCCAUUUCAUUCUAUUUCAGAACGCAUUCGAACUGGCUUCAUUCUUUUGGUUCUGGUGGCAGUUCGGCUAUAAUUCGUGCUUCAUCCGAAACCAUAGGCUUGUUUACAUACGACUUGUUUUGGGGUUUAUCGGACAAUUCAUCUGUAGCUACAUCACCCUGCCGCUCUAUGCUCUUGUCACUCAGAUGGGAACAAACUAUAAGGCAGCCCUGAUUCCAGAAAGGAUAAGGGAGACGAUCCACGGAUGGGGUAAGGCGGCAAGGAGAAAGAGGAGGCAUGGACGUUUCACGGAUGAUUCAACUAUACAUACCGAGACAAGCACGGUUCUGUCGCUCGAGGAAGACGAUCACCGGUUGAUUGAUGUUCAUGAAGCCAGUGAUGGUACAUACACUGAGAUAGAGUUGCAACCACGGCCUGAUGCUCCAUCCGGUCCGGGCCCGGUCAAAACUUCGAGCAGGGUUGGUAUGCCUAUAGUUAGAACAUCUACUUCUAUUUCUGCAUCGACGAUAUCUAGGCUUCAACACGAAGAUUUUCAAAGAUCGUCCUCCAUGCCUGUUACAAGAAAAUGAAAAAAAAAACAAAACAAAAAGAGCAAUU